ACGCCUUGUACAAAUAUAACCUCAUAGUGACAUCGUCCUCAUAAAAAUAUAUCGUGAUCCUCGUCGAAGACGACGUCGGACCGGUUGGACGUCUGCCCAGCGACCUGGACGAGGCUGCAAGUGCUGUGUUACAGUUGCACUUCACGGACGUUACUUCGCGUUAACCAUCAAUCCCACAGUGCAACAAUGAAAACGAACUGUGGUCAUCAGUGAAGACCACCGAUUGUCUUGAUUGUUUGCCUUCUAUACCCAUAGGCACGAUCAUGCUGUCAAUUAUGCUCCGGCUACGACUCUGCAUCUCCUUGUCACGAACACCUCGUCGUUAUGGGCACACCGGAUACGCCUGGCCACCCCGAGCCUUUGGUCCCAUCGAGCCGGGUCCACCCAUCGAGCCGUCGCACAUUCGAGGCGAGGGAAAAUUCUUGUUCCCGGAGUCGCUGAAAAAGCAGUACGGAGGCGAGUUUGAGAUGCCACCCGUCAAAGAUCUCUCCAGGGCGGCUAUACGAGUACGACGGCGCAAACGCUGGCACGACACCGUUGAGAAACUGCGGACCGUCGAGGAAAAAAUCUUUGAACUUAAUAUGCCUAAAUACUAUGGCUGGAUGCCCUAUAUCAUCAGAGAGGGCGAUCUCACUUAUGAUCCUCUGCCUAAAAUUCAAUACAUGACGAGAACGUGUGUGAUGAAACAGCUUGGCCUGCCCAGUUAUUACGACAGUUUACUCGGUGAAGAGGAGCUCAAUGCAACUGUACAACGUAUCAAGGGGCAGAUCGAGGAAGCUUUGGUGUUAGAGUACACUGGCAUUGAUCAAAAUUACCAGCUUACUGAAAAUGAGCUCGAAGAUGAAGUUUUCAUGACGAAUUUAAGGGCGAAAGCUGUCAGUAAGCAUAUCAAUAGGAUAUUUAUAAAUCAUCUCAGCAGAAAAUAUCAUCAUUUACUGGAAGCUGAAGUCGACUUUGAUCCAAGGUUGGAGGCUUUUUGGUUUUUUGGUGGAUUUCAACCUCCUCCAGAAAGCGUCAGAGCCAGAGAUGGCAAUGACUUUGUAAGAAUGUUUAAAGAUGAACCUGUAAAUCAACCACUACAAUAUUAUGGCACUCCAAUGAUCCACGUCAGACAUAAUUUGCCUUUAAAAGAGUUUAUGUCACUGGAAGAGUCACACGAUUUUAGACUCGAAAUUCCUUAUGAACCAUAUGAUCUUAGAACAGAGGGAUAUUUCAGGGAUUUGAAAAGAGCUACCGUUAUACCUGGUUUUUGGCCUGGUGAUCAAAGUGAAUUUGGUUUUAUAUCAUACAACAGUUCAGCUCACUUAGCAGGGAGACCUAAGCAUAUGAAUGAUAAUGCAGAUGCUUUAACAGGUCAGGCUAUCUUGGGUUCCUACAGUUGGCUUUAUGGACAAGCUUGUUAUCAAGGAUUUUCAACUUUCCAAGAUCCUACUUAUCCUCUGGUCAAUCAAACGAUCAUUACCAAUGGUCAAUUUUGGACUUUCUCUGUCUAUCAACUAAACACAACAACAAUGCAUAUGGAUGCCAUCAAUGUCAAUAAAAAAAGUAAUUUAUGCUGGAUGACUGACUCUAUGAAAUUGUUUGACAAUAUUGAAAAUGGAAAGGUACAGGGCUUGAAUGAAGAUGUUCUGAAGCAUCUAGUCAAAUUUUAUUCAAAUGUCCCACAAGUUAGAGAAAGUGUCGACAUGAAGCCUCUUUUGGGUAGUGAACAACUUGUUGCUAACAUUGAAGAUCCUGAGAGGCGUAGUUGGCUAGAGGAUCACUACAAACAUCUUAUGUCAAAUAGAAAACGGCAUAGACCAAUGCCUGAAAUCAAGGACUGGCAGAGAAUUUACAUGAUUAAAUUCAAUACUCGACCAUUGGAUAAAAAACGUGAUCCAUGGGAAUUUGGUAAAAAUCCACACUAUCGAAGAUUGGAUGAUCACGCUUUUGAAUAUAUUCCUAGAUGUCUUAGGACGCACCAUAGAAGCAGGGAUAAGUUUAAGAAGGUUUAUUAUCCCAAAGUUCCAGAAAGUGAAUUGGAGGAAUUGGAGUAAUGUAAGAUAUUGAAAAUACAUACAUGUACAUACACUCUUUAACAUACAAUUUCUUGUAUAAGAAAUCAGAACGAUAAUUUUACGAAGAUUUAUACAAUUAAAUAUUUGUUGCGUUUCA